GUAUGUUGUUUGAAGGCAGCAAGCGCUGGGACACGGAGUCGCGCGCCCGCCCGCCUAUCCGCCCGGCGCUCCGCGGAAGGCAGGCGAGAGGCAAGAAGCAGAAGAGCGGCAGUAAGUGCGACCAGGAGCGAGGCCAGGUUGGCUCUUCUCCUCGUCAGCCCGGGCACCCAACCCCAGCUCCGCCCCGGAGUCUGCGAAGAGGAGGCACUUUCCCAAACUCCGCGGGACCUGCAGCGGGAGAGGAGGGGGCUCGGGAGAAGAAGGGGCUUCCUUGGGUGGCCCUUCCCGCGCCUCCCCUCGCCUGUCCCACCAGCCUUCCUGGGUGGCCCAAAAGAAGGCCAUGGCGUCCCCGCAGAGCCCGGGAGGCGUCGGCGUUCCCUAGCCGGGAAGGAGAAGCAGAGGACGUGCCUCUUCCUCCUCCUCCUCCGGACCCGUGCUUGGCGGGGGGCGACUGGUGGGGCGUCGCGUCCGGGCUGGCGCUGGGGUUGCUCUUCCCCGUCGUCGUCGUCGUCGUCCUCCUCCGCGGCCGAGCUGAGCGCCCCCGCCUGGCCUCCCCCUGGCCCGGGCCGCCGUGGUGGGCGGGCGAGGCGGAGUGGGCCCCGGGUGCCCGCGAGGCUGGCCCGGCCAUGGAGCCCCCGCCGGCGGAGAACCCGAGCAAGGCGGCGGAGUACCUCAAGGAGCUCAACAAGAUCAUCGAGACGCAGCAAGAGCUGCUGGAGAAGCAGAAGCUCCGCAUCGACGAGCUCGAGCAGCAAGUGGCCAAGCUCUACCGCGAGAACGGGCGCCUCCAGGACGAGCACCAGAGGCACCUGGCCACCUGCGCGCUCCUCCUCCUCCAGCAGCACCAGCAGCAGGAGCCACAACAACAGCCACAACAACCGCCACAAGGGACCUUACCCAUGCUCCCGCCGCCGAUGCCUCCGGGGGACAGCCAGGAACACGCCAAGGAUGAAAAGUCUGAAGGUGAAAGUUCAAGAAGCAUCAGGUCUAUAAAUACUCUGCACCAGUUUUGCUGUCCAGCUCCAUUGUACCAUACUCAGCUAACUGUCCCUGCCACACACUCAGAGUACAGGACUUCCUUGGAAACAAGAAGCAGCCUUUCAACUGAUCCACUCAGUGUCGAAGGUGAGGCCCCUGGAAGUGAAACUGGAACCUCAUUGGACAGUCCAUCUACCUAUCAUCAAGGAGCUAUUACACACAGCUCAACUCUAAGCCCAGACCAUUACGACCAUUCUCCUUAUGGCCUGUAUUCUAUCUCCCCUGGGCAGCAAAGACCCCGGAGGCCGAAACUUCAACACUCAACAUCCAUAUUGAGAAAACAAGCGGAAGAAGAAGCUAUUAAAAGAUCAAGGUCCCUUUCAGAGAGCUAUGAACUCUCAUCUGACUUGCAAGAUAAGCAGGUUGAAAUGCUAGAACGGAAAUAUGGAGGCCGUCUCAUAACUAGACAUGCUGCUCGUACUAUACAGACUGCAUUUCGCCAGUAUCAGAUGAACAAAAACUUUGAGCGUCUUAGAAGUUCUAUGUCUGAAAAUCGUAUGUCAAGACGCAUUGUACUGUCCAAUAUGAGAAUGCAGUUUUCGUUUGAAGGACCUGAGAAAGUCCAUAGUUCCUACUUUGAGGGGAAACAAGUUUCUCUUACAAAUGACGGAUCAAAAUUAGGAGCCCUUGUCCAAUCUGAAUGUAGUGAUCUUGGUGAAUCAGCAACAAUGAAAUCUCCAGCAGCAUCCACUGACUUUGCUGAUGCUAUAACAGAACUCGAGGAUGCAUUUUCAAGACAAGUAAAAUCUCUUGCAGAGUCAAUUGAUGAUGCACUAAAUUGUCGUAGCCUACACUCAGAUGAGGUCCAGAUACCAGAUCAAGUAAGGAGUCGUGACCUGGAGCGGGACAGUUGUGGUCAGAGUAAACCAACAAGCCAUAAUGUGGAUCAUAGGAAACUUGAUGAAAUGACUGCAUCUUAUAGUGAUGUUACAUUAUAUAUCGACGAGGAAGAACUAUCCCCACCACUUCCCCAGUCUGUAGAUAGGCCAUCAAGUACAGAAUCUGACCUAAGGCUUCGGUCAAUGAACCCAUCUCAAGAGUACUGGUCUAUGACACACAAGGAUCAUAAAAUGGACACUGACACAAGCUGCAGGAGUACCCCCUCCUUAGAAUCCCAAGAGCAGAGAAUGAGGAUGGAUCACCUGCCUUUGCUAACCAUAGAACCGCCAAGUGACAGUUCAGUGGACUUAAGUGAUCGUUCAGAAAGGGGAUCAUUAAAGAGACAGAAUGCAUAUGACCGAGGAGUUACUAGUCAGCAAGGUAGCCCAAAACACAUUUCACAUGGCAUCCCCACCAAGAUAAUAUCUCGAGAAGACCAGGAGACUAGACAUAGACCAAGACCCAUUGACAGCCACUUAGUCAUUAAUGGCACAGCAAACAGACAAAGCAAAUCUGAGUCUGAUUACUCUGAUGGAGACAAUGACAGCAUCAACAGCACUUCCAAUUCCAAUGACACAAUAAACUGCAGCUCAGAAUCCUCUUCUCGAGACAGUCUAAGGGAACAAACAUUGAGCAAGCAAACAUACCACAAAGAGACUCGGAAUAGCUGGGAUUCACCUGCCUUCAGUAAUGACGUCAUUAGGAAACGUCACUACAGGAUUGGGCUCAACCUUUUCAAUAAAAAACCUGAAAAAGGAGUCCAGUACCUGAUUGAGAGGGGCUUUGUGCCAGAUACACCUGUUGGAGUGGCCCACUUUCUUCUACAGAGAAAAGGGCUCAGCAGACAGAUGAUUGGAGAGUUCCUCGGAAAUCGACAAAAGCAGUUCAACCGAGAUGUAUUAGACUGUGUCGUAGAUGAAAUGGACUUCUCAGCUAUGGAACUGGAUGAAGCACUCAGGAAAUUUCAAGCUCAUAUCCGUGUCCAAGGAGAAGCUCAAAAAGUGGAACGGCUCAUUGAAGCUUUUAGCCAGAGAUACUGCAUCUGCAAUCCAGGCGUUGUGAGGCAAUUCAGAAAUCCUGAUACCAUCUUCAUUCUAGCUUUUGCAAUUAUAUUACUAAAUACAGAUAUGUAUAGUCCAAAUGUGAAACCAGAACGCAAAAUGAAGCUUGAAGAUUUUGUCAAGAAUCUCAGAGGUGUGGAUGACGGCGAAGAUAUCCCACGAGAGAUGCUUAUUGGGAUUUAUGAGAGAAUCCGAAAGCGGGAACUCAAGACAAAUGAGGAUCAUGUGUCACAAGUCCAAAAGGUUGAAAAACUCAUAGUGGGAAAGAAACCAAUUGGAUCUCUCCAUCAUGGACUUGGUUGUGUUCUCUCCCUCCCCCACCGAAGACUUGUUUGCUACUGCAGGCUUUUUGAAGUUCCAGAUCCAAAUAAACCCCAGAAGCUUGGAUUACAUCAGCGAGAAAUAUUUUUAUUUAACGAUCUCCUUGUGGUCACCAAGAUCUUCCAAAAGAAGAAGAACUCGGUCACAUAUAGUUUUCGACAGUCAUUUUCCCUCUAUGGAAUGCAGGUCCUUCUCUUUGAGAACCAGUAUUAUCCAAAUGGCAUACGACUCACAUCAGCUGUUCCAGGAGCAGAUACAAAAGUUCUUAUAAAUUUCAAUGCACCAAAUCCCCAGGAUAGAAAAAAAUUUACAGAUGAUCUGAGGGAGUCUAUUGCAGAAGUCCAAGAAAUGGAAAAGCACAGAAUAGAAUCCGAACUAGAAAAACAGAAAGGUGUGGUGCGGCCAAGCAUGUCUCAGUGCUCUAGCCUCAAGAAGGAGUCUGGCGGUGGAGCUCUGAACAGAGCCUGCCUUGACGACAGUUAUGCCACUGGAGAGGGGCUUAAACGGAGUGCCCUUAGCAGCUCUCUCAGAGACCUCUCGGAAGCAGGCAAGCGUGGGCGACGCAGCAGUGCAGGAUCGCUAGACAGCAAUAUGGAAGGGUCCAUCAUUAGCAGUCCUCAUAUGCGCCGAAGAGCUACAUCAACCCGAGAGUGUCCAUCUCGCCCUCACCAGACUAUGCCUAAUUCUUCCUCACUACUAGGGUCCUUAUUUGGUAGUAAAAGAGGAAAGCCUUCCCAAGGCCACCUAGCACCUGGCCCAUCACAACAAUCUCAGCAACCUCCCAUCAUGUCACAUCAGCAACACUCUCAGCAUUCUUCUGCCAUGCAUCACACGGGGCCGGCUGAGGGGCAGACCCAGGCACAAGUGCACACCCACCAUUCCCAGUACUGCCACUUGCAGAACCCACCCCCGUAUCAUCACCACCACCAUUACCACCCACCCCAGCAUAUCCAGCAUCCCCAUCAGUAUCACCACAUGCCCCACUCGCAGCAUAUAGCUCAUGCCCCCCAUUCCUACAUGCCCCACUCCCACUCACAGCAUUCCCAUGGUCCCCAUCCUUCAUUGCCCUCUCCUCACCCCGCACACUCCUCCCACAUUUCACACCACCACGGACCACCCUUGCCCCCAUCUACUUCAGCCAGUACUAAGUCCAAGCAUAGCGGCAUCAGCACAAUAGUCUAAAACCAAAAUACCCUGCUCGUAAUUGUAGCUCUAGACAUAGGUGUAAAGGCACUUACUGGAAACAGAAAGCAGCCUAUAAAACUGGAGAUAUAUAUAUUUUUAAUCCAAGCCAGAAACAACUUAUUUGACUCCUUUGCCUUAAGGAUUCAAUAGAACUAUUCAUAUUAACCAGAUCCUAUUGUUGAACUCAGUGGUGACCUUCUCCCUCUUUUUUUCCGCCCCAGUAGCCUUGAAAAUAUGCUGCUUGCUGAAAACGUUAAGCUACCUUUUUACAUCCCUAUGACAGUUUUUAAUGCCUAAUGAAAACAUAAUCUGCUCAGAAUAAAAAGAAAAAAGUAGGAAAUAGAACCAAGAGUUGCAUUCUUGCUCCUUAAUUGUCAAUGGGCAAAAAAAGUAGACCUCAUAUGGUUGAUGAAAGUACGUAAGUAAACUUUAUAUAAUAUAAAUAUAUAAAUAUAUAAAUAUAAAUAUAUAUAUAUACACUGUAUAGUUAACAUUUAUGCUUAGAAAAAAACUUUUGCAGUCCACAAAGCUAGCAAUAUAUACGUCACCAGGAAUUCCACUUACUGAUAGAAGGGCAGUAUAAUAGAUGAACAGCGUGAGAAAGUGUAGACCAAAAACUAGAACAAAUCCCAGGCAUUUCAGUAUUCUCAUUAGAAGUUCUCUGGAGUGAGGGAAAAAUCUAAGCAAUCAUUGCAAAAUGUGCCAAGUAACAUAGCAUUUAGCUGAAGUUGUUAAUUAAUGCUUUGUACAAAUUCUUAUUUUAUUAACUUGAUAAUAUACCUAAUCAGUAUUACAACUGCUCUGCUCUUUCAGGUAAGCAAACUCGUUAAAAUGUAGUAACUAUACAGUAGCAACAAGAGGCAACUUUUAUUAUAGGUUGCCUCUACUUUUUGGUUACUCAGAUUCUUAGACACUUUAAAGGCUGUGAUAACUGUGAACUUACACAAUCAACAUUUCUUUUCUAUUCAUAUAUGUUUUAAUAAACACACUUGGAGAUUAAAAUGGAAGAUACUUGCAUAAACAUUCAUCUCAGACCUUAAAAUAGGAAGCAUCCAUCCCUUUCAGCCACAUUGCCUCUUUGCCAUAAAUUCCUUAGGUAAUCUCAAUUAAAAUAGACUGCAGUUCAGACUUUUUUCCAUACGAAAGCAAUCUGAAACUUGAAGGCUUAUUUUAAUAUUGAGUGUAGACUUUUUUAUAACAGUAAUUCCAUGUAGCCAUGUGCUGGCAACAGGAUUUUCUCGCCAUUUUUGUCAUCACAUCUGUUAGUUUUACCCCGCACUCAGCAGGCUGAGUCUAUGCUCAAACUGUCAUAGUCCAGUUAGUCGCAAGACAUCUCGUUAAAUCCCACUGUGCUGUUGUUGCUUAUGUGUUGUAAUGAGUCAUUUGCAAAA